AUGACGGACUACUCGAGCUCAUCUCUGCCCUCGGCCACGUCGUCAGUGAAUUCGUCGAAUUCUACUAUAUCGUCUGCGGUGGCCACCUCAUCGCCCGCUGGUUCAUCGACCGUGCUACCUUCGCAGCCAACUGACGGUCCCACAACUGUCUCAGCAAUAACGCCAUCUGUUCCCACCGCAGACGUCACUUACCAGCCACCUGCUGCACCAACCCCGACGGCGGUGGCUGGGCUGUCGCCUUAUACACCUGCAGGCGGACUCGACACCAAUAGUACAGCGCCCCUGUACCGCCCCUUGUCAGACUUUGACUUCCAGUCUUUGACUCUGGCCCUCUAUCAGGAGUAUAUUGAGCUCGACCUUUUCCAUCAUGGGCUCGCCCAAUUCUCAGCCUCCGAAUUUGAGGCUGCGGGCCUGUCAGCGCAAGACCGGUUCCUCAUCGAGUUCAUGGCCGAUCAGGAGGUUGCCCACGCUGAGUUGCUUUCCAAUAUUAUUGGUCAAGGUGUUGCGGCGCAGCAAUGCGAGUACUCAUACCCAUUCGACACUGUUCGCGACUUCAUCGACUUCUCUCAAAAGCUCACCAGGUUUGGAGAGUCUGGCGUGCUCGGCUUUCUCCAGCACCUUGAUUCCCGUGCCAGCGCGACUUUGCUGAUGGACUCCAUCGCUACCGAGUCUCGCCAGCAAUUGAUUCUCAGGCAGUUCGAGGGCCUGUUCCCGAUGCCAGUGGACACCGAGCCGAGUAUUUCGCAAAGCAUGGCGUGGACUCUGCUUGCGCCCUAUAUCACGUCCUGCCCUCAGAACAAUACUCGUCUGGUGUGGCUGAACUUCCCCGGUUUGAACAUCACGAACAACCCGAACGCCUCAACUUUGAGCAACCUGGACGAGGAUGGCCCCGCCAUAUCUGGGCACAACAACUCGCUGUCUGCUCCUGGCUACGUCCUCAACUUGCAGUGGGAGAACCCCGGUCUACCCGUCGGGCCCAACGGCUCAUACACUACCAACACGUCUGCAGGCACUCCGACGUAUGUUGCGUGGAUAUCGCAAUUGAACACAACGUACACGGCCCUCAACGUGACUGGGAAUAACACGGGUACGACGGUGCAGCCGCUCUGCGCUCCAAUCAACGGCACGAUGUUCGUCGCCAUCACCGACUCGAACAUAUAUGUGACCCCGCACAAUAUCACCCAGCUGGACCCGCACAUCGUUGCAGGGCCGGCUGUCUACCAAUCCGGCUGA